AUGGAUUACAAUAUGAAAUUCGUAGAAUUAUUGAAGAAACAUGAGAAUCAUUAGAUGAUACUCUAAGUGUCCUUGGAUGUGAUGCUUCAAGAGAAGAAUUACAAAAGUCAAUUAGUCAAAUAUAGAGAUUAAUUGAGAAGAGAUGAUAAAAUUUUGGUAACCAAAUGCACCAAAGCUUUGAAAGAGUUGGCUAUGCGAUCAUAGUAAGAUCAAGCGAAAGCAUUGGAAAAAAUAAGUAAAAUCGACCAACAGAUUAUGCUUUAUCUAAAGGAUUAAGUAUUACCUAUCAUCCACUUUGACAGAAAGCUAAACAAUUACACUUUUAUAAAGUACUACACAGAUCCAGAAAAUUCGAUCAAUCCACAAGAGACCAUAAUUGAGACACAAUACAAGGAAAAUACGAAUUUGGAAUCUUUUGAGGCUGAUUUCUCUAAGUUGGAGUGGAAAUUGGAAAUUACGUUGUCUAGUAUCAAGAUGAGAAAAGUAUUCUUUAAUUUUGAGUCAUGA